CCGGGCGCCGCGAAGAGCGGGGGGAUGCUGAGCCCCGCCGCCCGGCUCCGCGCCCGCCGCCGAGAGAUGCUCCUGGUGCUCGCUCUGUGGCUGGCGUGGCAAGAAGCACCCGCGGCGCCGACCCCCACGGCGGAGGACAUCACCCGGGGAGUUGACUGGCUGACAAAAUUUGGGUAUCUGCCUCCUCCGGACCCUGUCACGGGGCAGCUACAGACGCAGGAGGAGCUCACCAAGGCCAUCACUGCCAUGCAGAGGUUCGGGGGACUUGAGGCCACAGGAGUCCUAGAUGAAGCCACCCUGGAGCUGAUGAAGACCCCUCGUUGCUCACUGCCCGACCUUACCAUUGAGGAGACCAGGAGGAAGCGAUUUGCCCAGGCUGUCACCAAGUGGAGCAAAAGGAACUUGUCCUGGAG